AUGGGAGUUUGGAAGACCGAUCAACUCGCACCAGUGCGUGUCACCACCCCAGGAAGUGGCAACGACAUCGCUUCUCGCCAACCAGUCACAGUUCUGGAUGCAUUCAAAGAGAUUGUGUCUCGCCUACCGCAUGGAAGAGCACUCAGCAUCAAGAAGGAUGGCGAGUGGGCCACCCACACCUGGAAACAGUACUACGAAAUCUGUCAGCAGUUCGCGCGAGCCCUCAUCCAUGUCGGCGUGGAGCCUCACGAAGCGGUCAACGUGCUCGGACCCAACUGCCCGGAGUGGCUAUUCACGAACAUGGGCUCCAUUAUGGCUGGCGCGGUUAUCGCCGGAGUCUACGUUACCAGUACCGCCGAAGCUUGUCAGUACAUCUCCGCGCACUGCGACGCCAAGGUAGUGGUGGUGUCCGACAGAGCACAAUUGGACAAGUAUCUGUCCGUGGUGGAGCAGCUCCCCAACGUCCCAAUCUACUCAUUCAGCGACUUCCUUCGUCUGAGUGAAAACGUGGAAGAGCGUUUGUUGGACCAAAGGAUGGCAGCUCAGCUACCUGGUCACUGCUGCACGCUCAUCUACACUUCCGGCACGACGGGCCCUCCGAAAGCUGUGAUGAUUUCCCACGACAACUUGACGUGGACUGUGGCAGCAGCUAUGAACACUCUGCCAGCUCUGGGAGACGCUGAGCGAAUCGUGAGUUUCCUACCACUUUCCCACGUUGCGGCUCAAAUCUUGGACAUCCACUUGCCACUGGCGAUCGGAUUUGAAGUCUACUUUGCAGGCCCAGACGCUCUACGCGGUGGUCUGCUUGGAACACUUCAAGAAGUCCGUCCCAACUUGUUCUUCGGAGUGCCUCGCGUGUGGGAGAAAAUGAUGGAAUCUCUAAAGGAAAAGCUCGGUGGUGCACCGGAAGGACUCAAGAAGUCACUGUUGACAUGGGCGAUGAGUAAAGGCGCUAAAAACGCCGACCAAUCGCAGUAUGGAGCGACAGGCUUGAGCUUGACUUUCUGGGCUGCAGACUAUCUGCUUUUGAGCAAAGUUCGUAGCGCUCUUGGACUGGAUGAGUGCACCACCUUCUUGACUGGCGCUGCUCCAAUUGCUCCAGACGUAAUUCGCUACUUUAGCACUCUCAACAUCCCUCUAUACGAGCUGUUCGGACAGUCCGAGUGCACGGGGCCUCACUCCAUCAACACACAAGAGAAAUGGAAGAUCGGCAGUGUCGGUCCCGAGAUGGAAGGCACGAAGACUCGAAUUGACUCGGACACUGGCGAGAUCCAAUACACGGGUCGUCACAUUUUUAUGGGGUACCUGAAGGACGAAGCGGCCACCAAGGCAACUCUCGACGACGAUGGCUGGCUGUACUCGGGUGAUGUUGGUGAGAUCGACAAGGACGGGUUCUUGUCCAUUACUGGACGUAUCAAGGAGAUCAUCAUUACGUCCGGAGGUGAAAAUGUGCCUCCUGUUCUGAUCGAAAACGCUCUCAAGGCGGAGCUCCCGGUGCUGGCAAACGUGAUAGUUAUCGGCGAAAAGCGCAAAUUCCUAACUUUCCUUUGCUCACUGCGAGUGGAGCCUGACGCUACUGGAGCGCCCACCGACAAGCUGGACAAGACAGCUCUGGCUGUGGCCAAGGAGAUCGGAAGCAGUGCGACUACCGUUCCGGAAGCGCAGGUGUGUGACAAGUUUCAGAAGCACAUUGAAGAGGGCAUGGCACGAGCCAACUCGAAUGCCGCCUCUCGGGCUCAGCAUCUUCAGAAGUUCUUCAUCAUCCCACGCGACUUCUCUCUCGACGGCAACGAGCUCACCCCCACGAUGAAGGUGAAACGAUCAGUGGUGGAGAAGAAGUACAGCGGGGAGAUCGAGCAGAUGUACGCGGUUGCUAGCUUGUAAAAAGAUCGUGCGCAACAUGAAUACACCAGUGCAUGCUGCUAUUA